GGCAAAACUCCAGAAUCGUUGGAGGUCCCCAUAAAACUGUUGGCCGAUGAGACGUUGAAGCAGACGACCAGAGGUUAGACAUGUGCAGGAGGGCGCUGCUCUGGACUUGGGCGCUUGUGAGUGUCCUGAGGACUGAGGGGGCCGGCACCGCCACAGGGUGCGGCAAUUUGCCGGCGGACAUCGAAUUUCUGUUGGACUCCUCCGGCAGUGUGCAGGCGACUAAUUUUGCCAAAGUCAGAGCUUUUGUGGCCAAAUUCGCCAACGACUUUGAGAUCGGACCCAAUGGCGUGCAGAUCGGCGUGGCUGUCUUCGACACUCACGUGCACAAUGAGUUCUGGAUGAACCAGCACCUGGACAGGGCGUCCUUGCUGACGGCCAUCAACGCCAUCCGCUACCCCGCCGGCAGCACCCACACGGACGAGGCCCUGCAGUUCGCACGCCAGAACGCCUUCACUGCGGCUCAUGGGGAUCGUGACCGGGUGGCCAACAUCCUGAUCGUGGUGACUGACGGUCAGUCCAACAACAAGAGCGCCACCCUGGCGCAGGCGGCGGAGCUGCACAAGACCAACAUCAACGUCUUCGCCGUGGGCGUGGGCAGCACCGUGGACCAGGCCGAGCUCAACGCCAUCGCCUCCAAGAGCAGCAACGUCUUCACCGUCACCAACUUCGAUGCCCUCGACAGCAUCCAGGCACAGCUCAGGAAGACUGCCUGUGAAGUGGACGGCGGUUGGAGCCCGUGGGGCUCGUACAGCCCCUGCACGGUGUCGUGUGGUGGGGGCACACAGUACAGGGAGAGGACGUGCACCAACCCCGCCCCUGCCAAUGGCGGCCAAGACUGUCAAGGCAGCGCGCGAGAGACCAACACCUGCAACACCAGCCCCUGCGCCACAACGCCACGACCUACACCAGCGCCAGUCACCGCCACUGCCGUUCCAGGGUGCGGGCUGCAGCCAGCUGACAUUGUCUUCAUCGUGGACGCAUCUGGCUCUGUGGGCGACGACAACUUCAACAAGACCCUUUCCUUUGUUCACAACAUGGUCAACGGCUUCAACGUCGGUCCUAACGACUUCCAAAUCGGCAUGAUUACGUUCGACACAAAGCCCUACCUGCAGUUUCACCUGAACAGGUACACCAACAAGGCUGACGUCGAGAGCGCCAUAGACAGAACUCAGUACACCAAAGGAAACACCUACACUCACCUGGCGCUCAAGUACGUCACGGACACCAGCUUCACCGCUGCCAACGGCGCCAGGGCCAACGCCGCCAAGAUCGCCAUCGUCAUCACGGACGGCAAGUCGCAGGACCCCGCAGCAACGGCUCAAGAAGCGCAGCGGCUACGGGACAAGGGGGUCACCGUCUUCUCCAUCGGGGUCGGCACGGGACCCCGCGAGACGGAGCUGAAGGCCAUGGCCACAGACCCCGACAGCCAACACGUGUUCGUCGUCAGCAGCUUCGAUGCCCUCGACCUCAUCAAAGGAGCGCUACAACAGAAGGCGUGUGAAGUCAAGCCCACCCUGACAACGGCCACGCAGCCUCCACACAACGCAAGUUGUGGCGGCAAGGCCGACAUCGUGUUCCUGCUGGACAAGUCCGGCAGCGUGGGGCAGGCCAACUUCAACAAGAUGCUCGACUUCGUCAAGGACGUGGCCAACAACUUCCACAUCGGCCCCAACGACGUGCAGGUGGGCGUGGACACCUUCUCCACCUCCUUCACCUCCGAGUUCACCCUGGGGCAGCUCGCCACCGCGCAGCAGAUCAGCGCCGCCGUCAACGGCAUCCACUACACCGGGGGCACCACCAACACCGGCGCCGCCAUCUCCAGCAUGACGGCCCAGAGCUUCUCCGCGGCCGCCGGGCAGCGUGCAGGUGUGCCCAAGAUCGCCAUCGUCGUCACCGACGGCAAGUCCAACAGCCCCACCAGCACAACCGCUGCCGCCAAGGCCGCACGUGAUGCAGGUAUUCACAUGCUGGCUAUCGGCGUGGGGACAGCCGUGGACGACAACGAGCUCAACUCCAUCGCCUCGGACCCCGACAGCCAGAACGUGUACAAAGCGGCGACCUUUGACUCCCUCAAGUCCCUGCAGGGCCUGCUGGCCGCCAAGGCUUGCGAGCAGGUGCAACAGCCGCCUUCACAGAAAACUUGCGGCGCCCAGGCGGACAUGGUCUUCAUGCUGGACUCGUCUGGCAGUGUCGGCCCCUCCAACUUCAAGCUGCUCUUGUCCUUCGUCAACAGCAUGGUCAAGGACUUCGAUGUCGCCCAGGAUCGAAUCCGCAUUGGCGUGGAGGAGUUUUCCAGUCGCCCCUACACGGAGUUCCACCUCAACAAGUACAACACCAAGGCCGAGGUCCUUGCUGCUGUCAACAACAUUCCCUACCGCUCUGGUGGCACCAACACAGGGGAUGCCAUCAAGUACCUGAAGGACACCAUGUUUAACCAGGCUAACGGUGACCGCCCAGGGGUCCCCAACAUCGGGAUCAUCAUCACAGACGGCAACUCCAACCGCCCGGACGACACCAUGGCGCAGGCGCAGGCAGCACGAGCAGCCGGCAUCACGCUCUUCUCUGUGGGUGUGGGCUCCGGCAUCUCCCGCACCGAGCUCAACGCCAUCGCCACCGACCCCGACACCAACCACGUCUUCACCGUCGACGACUUCUCCAAACUGUCGGACAUCAAGGCCUUGUUCCAGGAGCAGGCCUGCAGCGUCAUUCCUGCGUCUCUUCCUCCUUUGACGUCUGCUCCAGCCAGCACCUCCAGCCCCGUGGUGGUGGACCCUUGUCACGACACGCUGCCCAACUGUGGACAGUACGACCUCACCGCCUGCACCCUGUACCCGCAGUGGGCCACCCAGAACUGUCAGCGCUACUGCGCCAUCUGUGCCACCUCGUUCCCCACGGUGCCUCCCCCCUGCGAGGACAAGCUGAGCAACUGUGCGUCGUAUGCGCUGGAGUCGUGCGGACUGUACCAGGCCUGGGCGCUGGACAACUGCCGCAAGUACUGCGGCUACUGCGUUUCUAACGUCGUGGGGACCAGCUACUUCAACAAAUGUUUCUACAACGGCAAGUCCUACAGCCAGGGGGCGCAGUGGUCCGAUGGCUGCGCUUACGACUGCGAGUGCGUGGACGCCAGUGUCGGCCUGUAUCGCUGUUACAACAAGUGUCCGAUGUACUACAGUCUACCACCCCAGUGUACACUGGUGCAGCAGAAGGGCCAGUGCUGUCUACAGCCCGUGUGUAACUUUGAUGCUCGCUACCAGACCACGUCAGGCCAGAACGUUGGCGACCUCAACGGAAACAAGGUGUGCGUGUACAGCGGCAACAGCUACUACCAGGGCCAGACGUGGUCAGUGGGCUGUGACUACGACUGUUUCUGUGAGGACGCUCGAGUGGGUCUGUGGUCCUGCCAGAGCAAGUGCGCCACCUACACCUCGCUUCCAUCCAUCUGCAAGCUGGUGAGGGCACCUGGCGAGUGCUGCGCCAAACCGGACUGUGAGUUCAGCACGCAGGUGGGCACCUUCACCGGCUCGGGGCACGCCAGUGGGAAUGAGUAUGGAUUGUCCAUGUCAGGUAAGACCAAGAAACGUGAACCUGAGCGGUCUGACACUCGCUUGCCUAAACUAUUUUUUCUUGUUGUCAGUAUGUCGUGUCGGCAAUGUCGGGCUAACGACGUGUGUGUGUACAAGGGCGUGGCCUACCAGCAGGGCGAGACGUGGGAUGACGGCUGUGACAAGCACUGUGUGUGUGAGAACGCGGCCUACGGCUACUACCGAUGUGACAGCAAGUGUCCAGACUACUACAACAUCCCGCCAGCCUGUUCACUGACAACUGUAGCCGGCCAGUGCUGUAAGGUCAUGCGCUGCUCUGUAGGGACAGUCGUGGGGUCGCAGACAGUGUCCAACACCAUUGGUGCCUACCCCAUUCCCUACAUGACCCCCAGCCCUGUCCUCGGCCUCCUGCCUGGCGGUACCUUAGCUCCCGGAAUGACCAUCCCUCCGUACCUGACACCAGCCCCUGGCCAGACUCUGGCCCCAGGCAUUGUUCCUGGUGCCACCUUGGCUCCCGGGAUCACCAUUCCAUGGAACCUCACCCCAGCCCCCGGAAUGACCUAUGCUCCUACCCCCUAUCAGACACCAGCCCCCUUGAUACCUGGUGAAACGCUGCCUCCAGGGCAAACUAUUCCCCAUAUAUCACCCCGGUACCCGGUCAAACCUUUGGUCCUGGCAUCGUGCCUGGCUUCACAUUGCCAGACGAUUCCUCCAUACGCCACCCCAGCUCCUGGCCAUACCUUCGGACCGGGUAUAUUACCUGGACAAACCCUCGCGCCUGGCAUGACGGUGCCCUUCUAUCUGACCCCCGCACCGGGUCAAACAUACGGCCCCAACACCUUGCCUCCUCCACUCACCCCCGCACCCCUCAUUCCUGGUCGGACCCUGUCGCCAGGACAGACCAUCCCUCCCUAUGUAACACCUGUUCCUGGCCAGACGUUUGCCCCCGGCAUCGCGCCAGGUCGCACCCUCGCUCCUGGUGUGACAGUUCCGUUCUACCUGACUCCGGCACCUGGGGAGAUCUAUGCUCCUAUGGUGAGUAUCCCGCCGGUUCCUCUUGUACCAGGGAAGACCCUGUCUCCUGGUCAGACCCUGCCGCCGUACUUGACCCCCGUUCCUGGACAAACGUUCGGUCCAGGUAUCGUACCUGGUCACACGCUGGCCCCAGGUCUGACGGUCCCUCUCUACCUGACGCCGGGCAUUGGCCAAACCUACGGUCCCAACACAUCGCCUGCAUCUACACCAGCGCCACUCAUUCCCGGAUACACUCUACCGUAUGGUCAGACUAUUCCUUCCUACAUCACUCCAGCUCCUGGGAACACUUUUGGUCCUGGAGUGGUCCCUGGUCACACCCUUGCACCUGGAAUGACCGUCCCCCCCUACCUGACUCCUUUACCAGGUUUCAUAUACGCACCAGACCCAACCGUCGCACCGGUCCCUCUGGUCCCUGGUCAUACUUUGUCCCCGGGACAGACUCUGCCUCCUGACCUCACCCCAGCUCCAGGCCAGACGUUUGGACCAGGUAUUCAGGCAGCCAGUGCCGCUUGUUCCUGGAUGGACCCUCUCACCUGGACAGACUUUACCACCCUUCAUCACCCCAGCACCUGGCAGCACAUUUGGACCCGAAAUCAAACCAGGGCAAACGUUGGCACCAGGAGUGACAGUACCCUCGUAUCUGACACCUGCUCCAGGUCAGAUAUACGCUCCCAACGCCACCCCGAAACCGGUUGCUCUUGUACCUGGCCGCACCUUAGCUCCGGGACAGACGCUUCCACCCUACAUCACCCCAGCGCUAGGCAGCACCUUUGGUCCCGGCAUAGUUCUUGGCUACACUCUGGCACCUGGUGUCACUGUUCCCCCCUACCUGACGCCAGCACCUGGACAGACAUACGGGCCUCACGCCACACCCCAGUCUGUGCCCCUUGUACCUGGCCACACCCUGGCUCCGGCCAGACCCUGCCUCCCUACCUCACACCUGCGCCAGGCUACACCUUCGGUGCAGGCAUCGUGCCUGGUCAGACCCUGGCGCCGGGUGUGACAGUACCCAGCUACCUGACCCCCCAGCCCGGCCAGACGUACGCCCCCAACACCACGCCUCCUCCUGCGGCGGUCAACAUCAACAUCGUUCCACCAAAGCUCAGUGGAUGUGUAUACAAGGGGGCGCUGUACCAGCAGGGUCAGAGGUGGACGGAUGGCUGUGACUAUUCCUGUGUCUGUGAAGACGGAACUUCAGGCCGCUACCGAUGCACACCCAAGUGUCUUAUUUUCGACAACUUAGACUCCCGCUGCAUCCUGGAAGACGACCCCAAUGACCCCUGCUGCAAGACCCCGGUAUGCCCAGCACUGCCCAAUGGUCAGGUCAUCACCGUGGUGGCCAACAUAGGUCAAGGGCUCACUGGCUACGGCCUGGCAUCCUAUCCCGUCGGGUCAGGCUCGGGGACACCCACCAUAUCCACGGGCGUGACGUCAGUUCCGAGCUUGAGCUCCAACACGUGUGUGUACAAAGGCAAGACGUACCAGCAGGACGCCAAGUGGGAAGAUGGCUGCCAGUACAUCUGUCAGUGCAUCGACGCUCAGUCAGGCUUCUUUACCUGCACUGACCUGUGCCCCAACUACCACAACCUCCCUUCCACCUGUCGUCUGAUCCCGGAUCCUAACAACAACUGCUGCCAGACUUACGUUUGUGACGUCGCUCUCACCACCGUCAGCAACCAGCUUCAAGGAGGUGUGCCGACACCGGCCUCGGGUGUAGAUUACUGCGUGUACAACAACCGCUACUACCGACAGGGCGAGGAGUGGCAGGACGGCUGUUCUCUGCGCUGUCGUUGUGAGGAUGCUGUCAACAAGUUCUACCAGUGCUCCGCCAGAUGCGCUUCCUUCUCUAACGUUCCGCUCGGCUGCACCCUGAUUCCGGACAUCAGGGAUCCUCAAUGCUGUAAGAUCCCGGAGUGCGACUCUGCUACAGGCGCCGGCGGGUCGCUCUCGGGUAUCACGUCACCACUUGGCAUCAUCGGCACCUACGCCAGCAACUCCCGCCCCACCAGCAUCGCCCUCUCAGCAACAUCGACAUACAAAAAUGCCUGUAUCUACAAGGGACACAUCUACACCCAGGGGCAGAGUUGGCAGGACGGCUGUGACUUGGACUGCGAGUGUACUAACGCAGCGGCUGGCGUUUAUACCUGUACGGACAGGUGUCCCCGAUACGCUGUCAUCCCCAGCGGGUGUCGGUUGGUGCCGGACCCGGUGGACAGCUGCUGCACCAAGGCGGAGUGCGCGCCCUCGUCCGCCACGUGCAGUGACGUGCUGGGCAACUGUUACAUGUACGGCAAGUACGCCUGCCAGGCGCCCUACGUGCAGUGGGCCCGCGACAACUGCCCCGCCUACUGCGGCUUCUGUGGUGCACAGACCACCCAGAACCCAGCCUACUGCACGGACAAGCUGCCCAACUGCAAUGACUACGGGACUCAGGCGUGUGUGGGGGCCUAUCAGCCGUGGGCGGAGUACAACUGUCCCCACUUCUGUGGCUACUGUGGGGGCUCAGGACCCGUCACCACCGCCAGCUCCGUCAUCGUCGUGGGCGGCGCCAAUGGGUCUGUCCAUCAGACAGGAGGAACUUGUCAAGACAAGCUGAGUGAUUGUCAGAACUAUGGAAAAGCAUCCUGCGUGGAUCCAUACCGAGCCUGGGCCAUCGAGAACUGCCCCAGCUUCUGUAACCUCUGUGCGGAGGCUGCUGCCAGCGGGAGCUCGGUGACAGGCGGUACACAAAGUUCUGGCCUGUUUGUGGGCUGCUACUACAACGGUCGCACGUACAAGCACGGGGAGGAGUGGCAAGAUGGCUGCGACUUCAACUGCACGUGCGUCAACGGACAGACAGGCUACUACCGCUGUGGAGCAAGGUGCCUGACCUACACCUUCCUACAGCCAGGCUGCCGACUGGAGAAGCCAGACAAUGAGUGCUGCUCAGUCCCCGUGUGUGACUCCAGCUUCGUGGUCCACGCACAGAAAGGCUGCCUGUACAAGAACGAGCUUCACCAGGCAGGCUCCACCUGGAAUGACGGUUGUGACUACACGUGCACCUGUAUAGAUGACAACACGGGCGAGUACCACUGCCAAGCCAGGUGUGUGCGCUGGCAGCUGCCGUCGGCCUGCACGCUGGUGGCACCUGUGGCAGGUAAAUGCUGCUCCACACCCAGCUGUCCUGCCGGCUAUACCAUCAACUAUCCCCCUGGCUAUGGCCCGGAGUAGGACUCACAGGACACUUCUUGCCUUCUGUACAAGGACUGUUGCAGAUGACUGAGCUCUGUAACUGAUGACAGUUGCUAGGAGACAAGGGUUUACUGUAUCGUCAAGACACUGUUGCUAUCAAGCUUGCAUGGACCGUACACGCGUCUACAA